CAUUACAUUUGACUUCUCCAAACUUUCACAAAUCUCAACCAUUCUUCUCUUCUUCUUCUCACUGCCCACUUUCUCUUCUCAAUAGAAAAAAAUGCUCUUUCUAUUAAUCCCACAAUAUGUAAUUAAAACGUCAAGAUUAAUCUCUUUAAUUAUAUGUAAUGAAUCUCUUUAAAUUUCAGUCUUUAGUUUGAAGUUUCUGUCAUUAACAAAAGAAGAAAAACACAAAAUGGGCAAAGCAUCCAAAUGGUUCAAAGCAUUUCUCGGGUUCAAGAAAACUGACUCUUCUUCUUCUUCUUCUUUGUUACACAAAAAACCAAGUCCAAACCCAUCACUAACCACUAAAAAGAAACGCAGUAACUUUAAAUCCUACAGAGAUAAUGAUUUUCAGCAGCCCCACUAUGAUCAAUAUGGUGUCUCCACGUCAGUUUGCGGUAGAAAUGACGUUGUGAGAGCAGAGACGGAUUCAAGAUUUAAAUUUGUGGACCCCACCAACAGCCCCGUCACGGUAGAAGAGGUGGUGGAGUUGACAGCAAGUAGCGGUGGUCCAGCAGCGGUGACGACGUGGAACGGUGUCGUUUUAGGUCGUGAAGAAUGGGCUGCCGUCGUGAUACAGUCACAUUUCCGAGCUUAUCUGUCAAGGAGAGCAUUAAGGGCAUUGAAGGGACUUGUGAAGCUUCAAGCAUUAGUAAGAGGUCAUAUUGUGAGGAAGCAAACUGCUGAUAUGCUAAGGCGUAUGCAUGUACUGAUAAGAGCUCAGUCGAGAGCUCGUGCUGGACGAUCUCAGGUUUCUGAAUCGCCUCAUUUUAGCGCCAAGUCUAUUCAAUUUCUUCAUCAUGGUCCUGCAACUCCUGAUAAAUUCGAGCAUGUUAUUCGUGCAAGGAGCAUGAAGAAUGAUGAAAUGUUUAUGCUCAAGAGGAAUUCUUCAAACCAUAUGGGCUGCAGAAUGGAUAUUGGAAAUCCAUAUGUUACUUCCACACAUAGGAAUCUCUUCUAUUCAUCUGAUCUUAGCUUAAAUUCAGACCAAUUAAGUUAUAGCUUGGAUGAAACAUGUUUCUCUUCUGCUGAUAAUAGCCCACAACUUCACUCAUCAUCAUCGAAAUAUGCUCGUUCGAGGCGAGGACCAUUUACGCCAACUAAGAGUACCGAUGGUACAAGAAGCUACUCGAGUAAUCAUCCAAACUACAUGUCUUACACCGAGGCAGCUAAGGCAAAGACGCGAUCAAUAAGUGCACCAAAACUAAGACCUCAGUAUGAUAUGUCAAACUCAACAAAGAUAUACUCAAGAUCUAACUUGCAAAAUAGUUCUAAUUUUUCUACCAACUUCACUAGCAAAGGCGUGUAUCCGGGCUCUGGUCGAUUGGACAGACAUGGAAUGCCUGUUAGAGGAGAUUCGGAUGAGUUUAGCCGUGGUUUUUUGCACAUAUAUUAAGAUGAUUUAAGUUCAAGUUUGCAGAUUGAGUUUCAAAAGUGUUUAACAUGCUAACAUAUAUAUAUGUAUCUAGUUCUGAAUGUUUAGAAGGAGAGCCUGGAGUAACGGUAAAGUUGUCUUUGUGUGACCUAUAGGUCACGGGUUCGAGCCGUGGAAUCAGCCAUUGAUGCUUGCAUCAGGGUAGACUACCUAUAUCACACCCUCUUGAUGUGCGGCCAUUUCCCUGACUCUGUGUAAAUGCGUGAUGCUUUGUGUAUCAGGCCCGUUAGUUCUGAAUGUUUAAUGUCCUGAACCUGCAUUUUCCUUUGUGUUAGAAAUAUAAUUACUGAACUGAUAUGAA